AAGGAAUGGCAUAGAAAGAAAGAUGGGAAAAAACAAACACGCUUUGAAAAAUAAAAGAGAGAGAGAGAGAGAGAGACCCAAUUCCAAACCAAGACAACCAAACCAAAACCAAAGCCAAAACUAAAAGAAGGAAGACACAGUGACGGUGUGUUGGGUGUGAGUAGAAACAUUCUAGAACAAAUCCUCGGGUUACUGUACAAUCAGUGACCGGAGUGCGUACAAUGGACCGGUACGGUCGGGCUAUAACCGAAGGCUCGCAGUCCGAUCCGUCGCCGGAAUGGACACCUCAGGGACCAGAAACCGGGCUCGAAGAGCCUAUGUGGCAGCUGGGAUUGGGAGGUGCGGAAUCGUACCCGGAACGGCCAGACGAGGCCGACUGUAUCUACUAUUUGCGAACCGGGUUUUGUGGGUACGGCUCGCGGUGUCGGUUCAAUCAUCCCCGUGACCGUGGCGCGGUUAUAGGAGCUGCAAGACCUGGUGGAGGGGAGUACCCCGAGCGAGUGGGCCAGCCUGUGUGCCAGUAUUAUAUAAGGACGGGGGCAUGUAAAUUUGGUGCUUCCUGUAAAUACCACCAUCCUCGGCAGGGAGAAGAAUCUGUUACCUCUGUGUCACUAAAUUAUUAUGGAUACCCAUUACGUCCGGGUGAAAAAGAGUGUUCCUACUAUGUAAAAACUGGGCAGUGCAAGUUUGGUGCAACAUGUAAAUUCCAUCAUCCACAGCCAGCUGGCAUACAAGUUCCAGCAGUGUCGUUAGCGCAACAAGUUGCAGCUGUGCCUGCACCUACAUUAUAUUCAGAUUUGCCGCCUUCAUCUGUUCCUCCACAACAGUAUGGGAUAGUCGUUGCAAGACCUCCUCUGCCACCGGGUUCAUAUGUUCAAACUCCUUAUGGUCCUGUGAUGCUUCCACCAAGCAUGGUUCCCUUUCCGGGUUGGAGUCCUUACCCGGCACCGAUAAGCCCAGUACCCUCUCCUAGUACUCAGUCCGCUGGGCAGUUUUAUGGGAUAACACACCUGCCCCCACAUGCCUAUACUGGAAAUUAUCAACCUUUACCUUCUUCUGCUCGUCCUUCAAGCAGUAGCCAGAAGGAACACUCAUUUCCAGAAAGACCUGGCCAACCAGAAUGUCAAUAUUACAUGAGAACAGGGGAUUGUAAAUUUGGUUCCUCAUGUAAAUAUCAUCAUCCAGCUGAAUUGAUUGCACCAAAAACGAAUGUUGUUCUUAGCCCCAGUGGUCUUCCUCUGCGUCCUGGUGCACCACCCUGCACUCACUAUGCACAACGUGGAGUAUGCAAGUUUGGGCCUGCGUGCAAAUUUGAUCACCCAAUGGGAACAUUGAGCUACAGUCCAUCUGCAUCUUCCCUCUCUGAUAUGCCAGUUGCACCCUAUCCUGUGGGAUCUUCAAUUGGUACCCUUGCACCAUCAUCUUCGUCCUCAGAGUUGCGACCUGAACUUAUUUCAGGAUCCAGCAAGGACUCUGUUUCAUCCAGAAUGUCUUUGUCAAUGAGCACUUCUAGCGGAUCGGUUGGUUCAACAUUUUCAAAGAGUGGAUCUGUUCCUCAUUUGACUGUACAACCCUCAGCUCAGGGUUCUGGCUCUUCAAAUGGCAGCACAGAGGCUCGUACUUCUUCAAACUAAGAAACAGCGAGCCAUUCCUUUUUUAUUACUCCUUUUGAUCAAAUUUCACGAGCCAAAACAUCAUUUUUUUUGUGGAAGUCCUCGAAAAAGAGGUUUCAUUUCCAAGUUACCAAUGUUCCACGGUUCAGGUCUAGCACACAGUCGCUUUUAUCUUCUGUGUUCAUAUAGUCUUUAUAUGGCCAUUUCCUACAUCUUGAAUAAAUCAUGGCCACCCUUCAAAAGCUUAGCAUACCCAGUAUAGCAUUCCCUCUUGCUUCCAAAUAACCACGAAAGAAUCUGCAAUUUCGAUAGGCAAAUCAGUGUCCAUCUCUCCAAUUUUUGAAGUUUGUUGUGUUUUUCUCUUUUUCUUUUCUCCAUACCUUUUCGAAAUGAAAAGGAUCUGUCCCACAAUGUUCUUCCAUUUAUAUUAACUGUCUCCAUGUCUCUCUUUCUUGUUUUAGUUUAAUAUUGGGAACAAGCUUCCAAUUCGUCAUAGGAAUUUGAAGUUCUUAUUGUUCCCUCACUUUUUGUCUAGGGUUUAUCGUGAAAAAGAGAAGGAAUCAAGAGACUCCAAGGAGAGGCAUCAGACUGUACCUUAUAUGGGGAUUAGAUACAAAGUCAUGUUGUGACAAUUAUAAUGAUUGACUUGGUUCUUGAUAAGUUCGUUAUGAAAUACGAAUAUAUGUUGAAACACUCUCGAAUUUGUAAUAAUUGUUCCCCUCUAUUUCUCCAUUUAUAGAUGAGAUCUAUCCUUUUGCUUCC